ACAGUGCAUUGUGGUAAGAUGGUGGCUUCUCCAUUGUUCAGCUGUGUGUUUGCAAGAGGAAAAAACCCCCUAAAAGCGACCCUUGGAGGAAAUAAGGCCUGAAAUUCACAUGUAAGUUUUGUCAGCGCUGCUUCAGGAUUCCUGAUCCGGAAUUAUGGAAGAAGAUGAAAACCAGGAUCCGCAGCAGAACGAGAUCCCGGGGGAAGAGCCAGGAUUGGAUCCGUGCACUGAAUCAGCGAGAGAAAGAGGCGCUGAGCAUGUCCGCCGGAUCCCACAGCCACUGGGCCAGAGCGCGCACUGUAAUCGUCCUGAGCGCAACGCGUCCACUCAGGCUAACUGCAGCGAUUCACCUUGCGGGCAGCAGGCUAAGAACUCCCUGCAGCGCUUGAGAGGUACGAACGUGGCCGCACGUGAGCCGAAUGACUGCGGGAAGAUGUGCCAGCGAGAUUCCAGGAAGAAGAAACAGCUCAGAAGACGGAAGGCGUGCAUGCCAGUGGAAUCCAACAUAGGUACCAGACAUACACCAGAGGCUGCUGUACCCAGUCUCCAUGGUAACCAUGGAAACAGCAACCCGGAGAAAGAAGUGGUGUCGGUUUUGCUGUCCCAUCUCACCAGUGCUCUACAACACAUCGGAUCCACGUAUGGAGCCACACUGCAGGCACGGCUGACUCCAGAGCCAGAGUCUGCUGCCGAUCUGGGACCCUCUUAUUUUGGCAGGUUGGAGCCAGAAAGCACAGAAGACGCAACAGACUUGCACGAAGAUGGCAUCUCCACUCUCGGCAUCCGCUUUGUCCGCCACCCCAGGUUUCCUGUAAAGAAAGAUCAGACCUGGAGAUACAAUAAGUCAGCGUCCGCUGGUUUCUCGCCUUCAUUGCAGCGGGUACCACCUCACAGCAUCAUAAGGGAAGCUCUACCUUACAGGGAUUGCUUAUGCAACGGUGGACUGUCCAGCAGUAGGAACAGUGGCAACCAUUACAUGGGAGCCAAACAGACAAGUGACGGCUUGGGCUUGUUGGAUUCGUACAUUCUUUCACCGGCGUCCUUGGACUGUUUGAGACGAGGGUUACUGAGAAACAUGGGCGGUCUGGAGCGAUCAGGAACGUUGGGGGGCUCGAGAACGACAAGGACAGAGAAGAGUGGCCAGGCAGCAGCGACGGACUUGAAAACACCGGUGUUCUCCCCGGCCACCGACUUGGCGAUAAGAGGAAGGCUGGAUCCGUUGGGGGUCGAGCUCGGCUGUCCAUCGCGGAGAAGCGGCAGGCUCAGUCCGAGCAUGGGGCGAAAGCCGGUGGCCAACUCCCCUCUGCACAGGCUGGUGGGUCACACCCAGGGCUCGCAUCCCUCGGAAGGAGUCGCUUGGGGCUUGGCCCUUGGCAAUGGUGGCGGCAUCUCCAACGGGCAGCAAAGACCAUUGAACGGUGGAGGUUGCUCCAACUCGGGGAACCAGCCCGGCUCCUCCAGCAUGUCUCAGACGUGUCCCGACAAGGCAGAGUCCAGCUCGGUCCCUUGCCACCAGGGCGUCACCAAUCGGAUCAGUUGCUCGGACAGCCGCCUGCGGCCCGAGGCCUACGACCCCUUCAAUCCAACCGACGAAGAGAAUAUCAACGGGGGGUUCCUGGGCGGCGACUUUUCCCCGAAGGAAGCGGACGGGCUUGGAGGAGGAGGAGGAGGAGGAGGAGCCCGAGGAGGAAGACAGGAGAAGUACGACCCCUUUGACCCGACGGGUUCCAUCGCCAGCUCAAACAACCUGAGCCCCAUGGGAGACGAGUCGGAAGGCGAGCUGAAAAUUGUCAGCGACGCCGGAAUGAGCGAGGAGGAGGAGGAAGAGGAGGAGGAGGAAUGCAUGAGCCCCGAGUACGAGAUGGAGCCGUCUCCGGAAUCGCCAGCGUGUGUGUCGUCGGAUGUGGAAGUGCAGGCGGGCUGUGGCCACGCGGCCAAGUCUAAUUUAGAACCGGACGUUUACAGUUCUCCAGAGUACCGAGACCUAGAACCCGAGCCCCCGGCCAACUUUGGCCAGGGGUUGAGCUCCAUAAUGGGAGGAGAAUUUGAAGCAGAUACCAAGUUCCAGCGUGAAACACAGCUUGACACCAUCUCCCAACCAGACUCCGACUCGGUUGACUUCGACUUUGACGCUUGUUCCCCGAGCGAACUCAUGAUAGACGAGACGGUCGGCGCGAUGCUCGAAGAGGAGGAGCCCGCCUCGCCACCGGCCGCCGCCGCCGUGGAUUUUGGCUUCGCGCGCAAACCCGACCCCAAGAUGGAGGCCAAGACCUUGAAGGCCGCAGAGAAAUGGGGCCACGCCGCGGAAGGGGGCGGCCCGUGGAAAGGUGAGCCGGGCAAAGAGGCGAGCUUCAAAGCAAAGUCGAGCGCCAGUGCCGCCGAGCCGCCCAGACACCAAGCGGCCUCAGAGUCGCAGAAUGCCCCGAGGUAUCGGAAGGACUCCGAGAGGACUGCUCCCGAGUCGGCCGCAGCUCGGCAAUUCCAAAGCCGACCGGCGGAGAAGACGGGCUCGAGCAGCCGGGUUGUCUCCAAGUCGGCGUCGAAGCAGAAGACGCGGGCAGAGACGACACGGGCGAAGGAUAAAUCGGGCGGCAAGGCGCACUCCAAGGCGGAGCACAAGAGCAAGUCCUCUUCCACCGCCAAGUACCACCACAAAUCCCACCGCACCGUCGAGAGAAAAGACAACCUGGUCUUCACGGUCAACGUGUCCAAGUGGCCCGAGGACGCACAUACGUACGACGACUCGGAGAUAGAGGAGGGCGAGAUUGUGCAGCAGGAUGAGGAGAACUUCAGCCCGGCCAGAGCCUUCCGCACCCGCGGAAGAAUCUUCGAGCGCCUGCGAGGAGUUGAAGGGGACGACUUCAUCUCCCUCCAUGCUGACUCCGACGAGGGGGCGCUGCAGAUAGACCUGGGCGAGAACUCCACCGAGGGGGGCCGGAAGAAGUUGGAUUGCCGGAGGAAGGUGCCGGACCUGCAGCGGGAGAAACUCCCCAAACACUCCAGGUCACCGGCCGAGUCCAAAGGCCAGUCCGGCUCGCAUUCCGAGUCCAGCUCCCGCAGCCGGAAGAAGCGCAAGCGGGAACACAAGAAGAGCCGCUCGAAGGACCAGAAACGCUCCCGGUCCCAAUCCCGCGAGCGCAAGAGGUCCACGUCCAGAUCCAGGUUGCGGAUCCAUCACAAGAAGUCCCGAUCGAGAUCCCGGUCGUGGGAGAGGAGGAGGUCAAGCUCACGGUCGCGCCAUAAGGUCUCGCGGUCCCGCACCCACUCGAGGGAGCACCGCCGGUCACGGUCCUGGUCGCCUUCCAUCAGCACCAGCGUGUCGGCGCUGGGCUCCAUGAGGGCUUCGGCCGAGCGGUGGAAGGGGCGGCCCCCCCAGGCGAGGGAGAGCGGGGCCUUCCACCGCUCCCGCUCCAGCAGCAAGUCCAGGAAGGAGAGGCGCAAGAAGGAGAAGCACCGCGAGCUGGAGGCCGCCAAGCGGCGUAGGCACUCUCGGUCACGGUCCAAGGAGAGGCCGCAGAGGGAGAAGAGGCAGCCCAGCCCUUCCCCGCACAGGCCGAAAGAAAAGAACGAGAAAGAGAAGGACAGGAGUAGAGAGAGAAACCCUGUCAGCGAAAAGAAGCACGAGAAGGCAGCAAAGGGGAGAAGGGACAGCAGGAUUGUGAUUCCUCCUUCCAUUCAGGAGCUGAACGACGAUGACAUAUUGAUCAAGGCCCGCUCCAUCACCAGGACAAUUACCGUCAACACAGGAGAGGCCAUGGUAGACCAUGAAGAGUCGAUGGAGGUGGCAGUCCUCUCGCCAACCCGGGAGGGCCUGUACGACUCGGACGAUCUGGGCUUUGAGAACAGCUUCUCCGAUGCGGAGCCGGCGGAUCACCUGCAGGAUGCCAGGCUGCCCGGGAAAGGUCCGGACGGCAAGAACGAGCGGCGGAGCCUUCACGAGAAGAGCCACCGGGCGGGGGAAGCCGGCGCCAAAGCGGCCAAGGUCAAGGAGCGGAAGAGAGCCCACCCGGAGGAGAAGGCGGCCAAGGAGAAGCGGCGGAAAAAGCUGGCCGACGGGCAGAAGGUGGGGGCGGGGGCGGGGGUAGCGGCGGCGGCGGCCACCGCGGCCGACAGCCUGAAGGCGGAGAAGAAGGCGACGAAGGAGCACCUGAUGGGCGGCCAGUCCGGGAAGAAGAUGAAGGCGCCGCCCAAGGAGAACAAGCAGCAGGUGCCGCGGAAGGUGAAGCUCCAGUCCAAGGUGGCCGUCCUCAUCCGAGACGGGGUGACCUGUGCCGCCUCCAUGAAGGAGGACCGCGGCAAGGGCGGCGGCCUGAUCGGCGUCAAGUUCAGCCGCGACCGGGAGAGCCGGUCGCCCUUCAUGAAGACCGAGGACAAGCACCACGAGCCGAAGGCCAGCCGGCACCGCGCCGCCGACGUCCCGGAAAACAAGGGGGCGCCGAUGCGGCCGGCAAAGGGGAAGGCCGCGGUCAAGCCCCGCUCGGCGGCAAAGAAGGUCAGGGCCCCCAGCGGCAAGGUCAAGGGGUCGGGCAAGAAGAAGAAGGAGGCCAAGCCCAAGGUUGCCCUGAAGAAGGCGCCCAGCGAGAGCGGCGGAGGCGGCAGCAGCAGUAGCAGCAGCAGCAGUAGUAGCAGCAGCAGCAGUAGCAGCAGCAGCAAGAGCUCCAGCCCCUUCAGGAUCAAGGAGGAGCUGCUGUGGUCUUCCUCGGAGAAGUCCGACGACAAGCCCGCCCUGCCCAGCCCCGCCAAGGAAGCGGUGGAGCUGGACCUCUCCCCCCUCUCGCAGAUCUCCGAGACCACCUCGCCGCCUAUGGAGCCGGCCUUCGUGCCGAAGGAGCCCCCGCUGCACCAGCCCCCGCCCCCACCACCCCCGCAGCAGCCGAAGGAUUACCACGAGCAUAUCGACACUUCCAAGGUCAACGGGGACAAGCCGCGGGCCGUGGGCAAACCCUUGUCCUGGGACCUCCAGACCGGAGGGGGAAUGUUAGCACUUACUGCACUGCUGUUCAAGAUGGAGGAAGCCAACCGAGCAAAGGCCCAGGACUCUUUCCAAGCAAUCACCCAGAUUCUCAGCCAGGCGAAGCCCCCUGCCUCACAAGUGCCGAGCAGCCUGUCCGCCCACUUGCACGCCAGCCAGCCCGGAACCAAGUUCCUGCGCCAGGGCUCCCUGUCCAUGCUGGGCACCUCGGCCGGGCCGCCGGCGUUGUCGGGUUCUGCCAGCCAGCCGCCCGCCACCACCUCCAGCAAGCUCUACAACAUGCUAGACAGCGGCGACAUGGCCAAGAUGGAGGGGUCCACCAGCUCCGAUGCCAACAUGGAUAGCGACAGGUACCUGAAGAAGCUGCACACUCAGGAGCGCGCGGUGGAGGAGGUGAAGCUGGCCAUCAAACCCUUCUACCAGAGGAAAGAGAUCAACAAGGAAGAUUACAAGGACAUCCUCCGCAAAGCUGUACAUAAGAUCUGCCACAGUAAAAGUGGCGAAAUUAACCCGGUCAAAGUUGCCAACAUGGUGAAGGCUUACGUAGAGAAGUACAAGUACGCGCGGCGGCACGGCAAGCGGCCAGACGACGCCGGGAUGCAGAGCAACGGCAAGGAGAUCGGCAAGCUAGAAAAACCCCGCAAAGUCUCGGCGCAGACGUAAACAAAAAAAAGCCCCGCAAACCAGAGACAGAUUUUAUGAGUUACCAGAAUUCAAUAAUCUUUGAGCACCUCCCCUGUGUUUUUUUUUUCUUUUUUUUUUUUUUUCAUUUUUAAUAAGUGUGAAGACGUUUUUUUUU